GUUGCACAGCAUUAGAUAACGGGAACAGAUGUCUAGGGGCGUGCUGGCGGAGAAGUGGCGGGCUGCCAAGGAGCGCGGGAGUUUGUCUACCGUGCUGGACCUGAGCCUGUCUGAUACGACUACCUACCGAUUCGGACGACUUGUUAUCACUUCGGUUCGACUGCAUGACGUCGGACUUGUCGGGGCCAAGGAGCCGGCGCCGGCCGCCUCCGAGCCCGCGAGCGAUACCGAGGCUUCAUCAAUUGUUUCUGAGCUCGCGAGCUUAGGGCUGCCAACCGCAUUUGGCAAGAAGGGAGGUGGCCCCCGCGAUGCUGCGAAGCGCGGAGGUGCCGGCACAAGCAGCCGGUUUGCCGCAGGCGAGCGGCGGCCUCGAGGCGCGAAUGACUCCAAUGGUGGCGGCCGUGGCCCUCAAGGGGGCAGUACAGGGGGUGAAGACGAGACCGAGGGCAGUGCUCGGGCGAAAGACACGCCCUGGGUUCAGAGCUUUGACGAGCGCUGGGGCUGCCACUACUACCACAACUCACUGACGCAGGAGUCGGUGUGGGAGGAGCCGGCGGAGGGCUACGUCCCGUGGACAGGCCACACGCAGCCACCCCAGCAACGGCAUGGGGACACAGCCGCGGCCGCCACUAGCAGCGCACCGAAAGCAGCAGCAGCAGGGGGCUCGCGGCCUGCGCCGCGUAUGUUGACGGAGGAAGAGCUGCUGAAGAGCAUGGGCCUGUGGCAGGGAGGAAGCAGCGGUGCCGGCGGCGCGACCGGCGCAGAGGCGGGCGGGAGUAGCGCAACAGCGCAGCCCGCUGGCGACACAGGUGGCUCGUUGCUGCGCGGCCUCAUAGGUGGUGGCGGAGCGAAAGGGGCAGCACUGGGUGCAGCGCCCUCUGCGGCAUCAGCGUCGGCACAUCUGCCGCAGCGCGUAGUGCCUGCGACGGCGAUGUCCGAGGAGCAGCUCCUGGCUAGGAUGGCAGCGGCAGCAAGCAUGCCGGCGCCGCCGCCGGCGCCCCUGCCGCCCGCGCCCAGCCCUUUGCCACCCCCGCCGCCUCUUCCAAUCCCGCCGCCACCCAGCCCGCCACCGCCUCCAGCACCCGAGGCAGCCGUUGAUGCAGCGCCGCCGUCGGCACAGCAGCGGCCGCAGAAGCCGCCAGGGCGCAUGCUGACAGAGGAAGACAUCCUGCGGAGCAUGGGCCUGCUCGAGGGCGGCGGCCGCACGGGCACCGAAGCGGCGGCAGGGGCUAGCAAUGCAGGCCCCGCUGCGGCGCAGGACUCAGAAGCCAGGGCGGCAGCGGGGCAGUCCUCGCGCUCCGCUGCACCGCCGCCAGGCUUUGGGGGGCACGCGGCGGCCGGGCCCGGUGCUGCUCCUCCCCAAAGUGGCCCGGGGCACGCCUAUCCUCAUACGCAGGGCCCGCCGCAUGGCGGCCCUUACGGGCCCCCCGGCUCACAUGGGCCACACGGCCACCCGCCGCCUCCGCACCAUGGCCACCCGCCGGCGAUGGCAGGACCACCGCCGCCGGGAUUCCACCCGCACGGGCCGCCAGGGAUGCCGCGGCCGCCGCCGCCAGGCUUCGGCCCUCAGCAUCCCAUGCCGCCGCCGCCCGGAAUGCCGCAUCCGGCCAACGGCGGCUGGCCUCCUCAUGGCGUCCCCAUGCCGCCGCCUUUCCACGGCCCGGGGAUGCCGCCACCUGGUAUGCCAAUGCCUCCAGGCGCGCCUCCGGGCUUCGGUCCGCCGCCGCCGCCGUACGGCAUGCACGGGCCCCCAUACGGGCCGCCGUACGGCCAUGCGCUGCCGCCGGGCUAUGGGCUGCCGAUGGGGCCGCCGGGCUUUGGCGGGCCGCCACCGCCACCGGGCUUCCAGCCGCCACACCCGCACGGCCCUCCGCACCCCCACAACCAGCACCUGCACCAUGGGCCACCGCACCCGCACUCGCACGGUCCGUUUCCCCAUGGCCCGCACCCGGGCCAGCAUCCGCCGCCGCUAGAUCUCCCCCACGGGCACCCACACGGUCACGGACUCGGUCACGGUCAUCCUCAUGGUCGGCCGCCGCUACCGUCGCCACCGCCGCCGCCCACGCCCGCUGGCGGCGACCCCGCCGGUCAGGCCUCCGCCAACGGGAACCAGCAGCGCCAGCAACCGGACGGCACGGGGCAACCGCAGUCGCACCCGCAGUCGCACCCGCAGCAGCAGCCGGCUGGCGGCAGCGGUGACAGCGGUCGCCGGGGCGCUAUGUGGACGUUGGAGGAGCUGGAGCGGCAGCUGGAGAUGCUGGCUGUGGAGGGAGAAGUGGAGGAUGGGGCUGCCGGCGGCGGCGCCCACACGCACCGGGGCGGGCGCGGGAGGCAGCAUGGUGACGACUCGGCCGGCGGCGCAGGCGCCGCCGGUGGCCGCCGCUCCCGCGGCGGCAACGCCGGCAGUGGUGGCGCGCGGAGCUCGCUGCACGGCCAGGCCGCAGCCCGCAACCAGCAGCAGCAGCAGCAGCAGCAGGCGAGGCAGCAGAAGCAGCAGCCGCACCCGGGCGCCGCGGUACGGCACGGCAAGCGCGGCGGUGCCGGUUCGGGUGUAAACACGGAGGGCGGCGAGGACACGGAGAACGACGACGCGGCCUUCUACGACUCGUUUGCGGCGCCGGCGCGGCGGCCGGCGCCGGUGACGAACAUGCCUGCCGUCGGCGACGAUGACGGCACUCGGCGCAUUACGCUGGACCCCAACACCGCUGCCUACGUGCGCACGCUACUGCCGCGCUCGGCGGCCAAGUACUGGAUGCAGCGCUACAGCCUGUUCAGCCGCUUUGACGAGGGCGUGCAGCUGGACACGGAGGGCUGGUGGUCGGUCACACCCGAGGUACUGGCCUCGCACCAGGCGCUGCGCUCCCGCGACCUGGCGGCGGGCGGGCGGGGGCGCGUGGCGCUCGACGCGUGCUGCGGCUGCGGUGGCAACGUGAUCCAGAUGGCGGCGGGCGUGUUCCCCGUGGUGUACGGGGUGGAGAUCUCGGAGCGGCGCGUGGAGAUGGCGCGGCACAAUGCGGCUGUAUACGAGGUGUCGCCGCGAUGCCAGUUCGUGUGCGCCGACUUCUUCCAGGUGGCUCCCAACCUCAAGGUUGACGUGCUGUUCAUGUCUCCACCCUGGGGCGGGCCCAAGUACCAGCACGUAAACACGUUCGACGUCUUCUACCCGCUGGUGGGCUUCAACCAGUCGCUGGUGCGGCUGUUGGAUGUGGCUAUGGACUGCGUGCGAGACCAGGAUGGUGUGGUUGCGGCCUUCCUGCCGCGCAACACCGACCUGUCGCAGCUGGCGGCGGUGGUGCCGGAGGCGGCGGUGUGGGAGGUGGAGCGCGCCUACGUUAACAACAAGCUCAAGGGCAUCACCCUGUAUUGCCACCCAGGCCGGGGCAAGCGCGGCAGCGGCGGCGAGCCCAACGUUCGCGCCAAGGCAGAGGUGGAGCAUGCCGCGGCGGUGGAGGCGCUGCACGCUGCAGGGGCGGUGGAGGCGGCUGCCGCCGCCGCGGAGGCGGUGGGCGGCGCAAGCGCUCUGGAGCCGGGGUCUGGGUCCGGGCGGGAGAGCAGCAGCGGGCGGCGGCGUGGCGGCGGCGGCGGCGGCGGCAGGGGCAAGGGCGCGGGAGGCGGCGCGGGAGAUGCGGGGGCGGCGACCAGUGUGCUGCUGGGUGGCGAGCUGAAUGACGCCGUGAUGCUGCAGGAGCUGGAGCGGGCCCUCGCGGGGCUGUAGUGGAGAGAGCUAGAGUCAGUGUGGUGUGGCAUUGAUGUGUCGCGGGCGAUUUCAACCUGCUGGGCUGUGUAAGAGUCCGCACUCGGCAAAUGGCGGCGGGCACGGCGCCGACUAGCUGUGGGCUGGGGGGGGGGGGCGACGCAGGUUUCAGGUGUCGGUGCACUCGCGGGGAUGUGCACUUAACGUACGAUUGGGAGGUGCAAGGCACUGGAAUGUCAACGGACUGCCCGGCGUGAUGGGCAUGAAGCCCGUUCGUUCCCCUGCUGUAGAGUCAACAUCUGUGUGUUUGAUCCAGCUCAUUUUGGGGGGAAAUGUUCAUAUUUGCUGUGCAGCUUUUAUCUAAUUACUCUGGAUACCGUGUCAUUGCUGGUAUGUAAGUGAGGGGUCGUGCUGCGUCAGCUGAUGCUGUCGGGCCCCUUGUCGACUUGAUUCCUAAGCUAUGUCCUCCGCGACUGGGGCAUGAAGCAUGAGUGCAGUUGGCUGAAAGAGGAUUAGAGGAUGUAUGUGGGACCUUACACCUGGCCACGCGAAAAUUUCUGUGUCUACCACGCCAGGCACCUGUCCGCAUCUGAAGCAAAGGUGGUCUGUGUAUAGCAAAGGAACGCAAUGGCCCUUGCUCCUGGCCAGACCCUGCUCAUCCAUUGGCUUUCUUCAGU